AUGCCUCCCAAGACCAGUCGACAUGCGCAGUCCGACCAGCCCGUUGAUUUGCGGCUUCAAUUAAUCGUCUUCCAAUUCGUUUUAUUUCCACUCAGGGUCAUCGCCAGCCUCUACGUCCAGACAUUUUUUCAGCCAGAUGAAUACUUUCAAGCUCUGGAGCCAGCAUGGCAGAUCGCUUUCGGAAUUCAGAGUGGUGCUUGGCUUACCUGGGUAUGUGACGACAUUGUUGUUCAUCACCAGGAAUACUUACUGAUGGAGAUGUAGGAAUGGAAAGAAGGAUUGAGGACAUCAUUUCACCCUUACCUAUUCGCAGGUCUUUACAAGAUCGUUGAUAUCAUCUGCUCAGCUCUGAAUACUAGCGCUGCCACCAGAGCAAGUGCGCUUGUUAUUGCUCCUCGCAUCCUCCAAGCGUUCGUCGCAGCGCAAUUGGACCUCGCGGUCUGGAAGAUAUCCGCUCGAUCUUACGGCAAUGGGAGUCCUGCUUCUUGGGCAGCGCUUGGUUUGAUUGUCUUCAGUCCUUGGCACUGGUUCUGCGGCAUCAGGACCUUCUCAAACUCCCUCGAAGCGACCAUGACCGCAAUUGGACUUCGCUUCUUUCCAUGGCAGUGGUUCUUGGAGCCGGAUAAGUCGGAUAAGACGCCGCUUUCACUCGAAUCAUUCAAUAAUGUUAGUUGGGACUGGAACUACCUCCGCUACCUUUGGGACGCAGCUCCCGAUCAGCUGUUCCCAGCGCUGGCUUUUGCGGCACUCUCUACCUACUUGCGACCCACAAACAUCAUCAUCUGGAUCACCAUCAGCGCGGGUAUCAUCGGAUGUAACCGAAACUAUCGAAAGGCCUCAAUCUUGGUUCAAAGCGCAGCCUACGUUGGAUCUGUUGUUGUCGCCAUACUUGCAAGUCUGGAUUACUUGUAUUACGGCAACUGGACAUUUCCGCCUCUGCGCUUCUUAUACUUCAACGUCGUGCAGUCACUGGCCGUCUUCUAUGGUACGAAUAGGAUUUGCUACUACUUCACCGAAGGCUUGCCGCUUCUUCUGACUACGGCUCUCCCUUUUGCUAUUGUGGGUAUCUGGAAGAGUUUGCAAUCAGGUCAAGCCGCGAACCCAAGCGAUUAUGUUAAAAGGCAAACUCGCUUCAUUUUCGCUUUGGCAAUAGUGGUCAGUGUCGUGACUCUAUCUACGAUUGGCCAUAAGGAAGUCCGAUUCAUCUACCCACUCCUGCCGAUGUUGCUUGUUCUGGCAGCCGGGCCGCUCGCCGAUUUCUUUCACCCAUUUCCGGCCCCGAAGUCUGUCUUCCGCAAAUUCCUCCUAGCAAUGAUGGUAACGACGAACAUUUACAUCGCCGGAUAUCUCAGCUCUACUCACCAGCGCGGUGUGGUUGAUGUUGUCCAUUAUCUUCGACAUCGGCAAGAGGCGUGGUUAGAGACUGUAUUGGCAGAUGCUGCGGGCACUUCAAAUAUCACGGUUGGAUUCUUGAUGCCAUGUCACAGUACUCCAUGGCGAAGUCACCUCGUGUAUCAUGAGAUCGACGCUUGGGCGUUGACGUGUGAGCCGCCACUCAAUAUGACCACAGAAGAGCGGGCGUCUUACCUCGACGAAGCUGACAUCUUCUAUGCCAACCCAACUGCGUGGUUAGAGCAGAAUAUGAUGGAUCAGGAGACGGUAUCUCGUGGAGUUGACCUAAGGGAGCUCGCGGAGAAGGACACUGGAAGAAGGGAAUGGCCGCAUCAUCUUGUCUUCUUUCAACAACUGGAGCCUACGAUGAAGACUGUACUGGCUGAGAGCAGAUACAAGGAAUGCCGUCGCUUCUUCAAUUCGCAUUGGCAUGAGGACUGGAGACGGAAGGGCGAUGUAGUGGUUUGGUGUUUCCCGCGGUAG